GUGAGAGUAUGGGUAACUGCACAAACGUCAGUGUCCCUAAAGUCAGAAGUCAGAACCAAGCAUGUGUAUGUUUUAAAUAACCACCCCCGGGGCACCUACUUGUGCUCCGACAGUCCCCAGAGUAAAAAUUUCUCCCUCACUUCCUCCCGCCGCCACCGCCACCGCCGCCGCUAUGGGAAAAGGCGCCGCCCUCUCCGAAGGCGUAGUGAAGAAGAUAGUCCUCUCGUACACCUACGUCUCCGUAUGGAUCUUCCUGUCCUUCACCGUCAUUGUCUACAACAAAUACAUCCUCGACCGGAAGCUCUACAACUGGCCGUUUCCGAUCUCCCUCACGAUGAUCCACAUGGCCUUCUGCUCCUCCCUCGCCUUCUUCCUCGUCCGCGUCGUCAAAGUCGUCGAGCUCCCCGGCGCCCUCUCCCGUCACGUGUACCUCACGUGCAUCCUCCCGAUCGGCGCCCUCUACUCCCUCUCCCUCUGGUUUUCCAACUCCGCCUACAUCUAUCUCUCCGUCUCCUUCAUCCAGAUGCUCAAGGCUCUCAUGCCGGUAGCAGUGUAUACCAUCGGAAUCCUGUUUAAGAAGGAUCCGUACAAGCCGUCCACCAUGAUGAACAUGGUUUCGAUCUCAAUCGGGGUCGCAAUUGCGGCGUACGGGGAGGCGAAGUACGACUCCUGGGGUGUAUUUCUGCAAUUAAUGGCGGUGGCUUUCGAGGCCACCAGACUUGUUAUGAUUCAGAUCUUGCUCACCUCUAAGGGGAUUAACCUAAACCCUAUCACAUCCUUAUACUAUGUAGCUCCCAGCUGCUUUGUUUUCCUCUGUAUCCCCUGGAUUUUUGUCGAAUUGCCCGUUUUGAAGCAAAAUUCGAACUUCCGAUUCGAUUUGGUGAUUUUCGGGAGCAAUUCGCUGUGUGCAUUUGCUCUGAACUUGGCUGUGUUCUUGCUUGUGGGCAAGACAUCAGCUCUGACCAUGAAUGUGGCUGGUGUGGUAAAGGAUUGGCUCCUAAUUGCAUUUUCUUGGUCUGUGAUCAAGGACACUGUCACCCCUGUCAACUUGAUUGGGUAUGGCCUGGCAUUCUUGGGCGUUGCAUAUUACAAUCACUCCAAAUUGCAGGCUUUGAAGGCUAUGGAGGCUCAGAAGAAGGCUCAACGGGGUGAUGAUGAGAGUGGUGUACUGUUGAGUGAUAGAGAAGGGAGUGGAGGAGGUGAUGGAUUGGGAAAGAAAGGAGAUGCACAGGCCUAGAUUUGGUGGUAAUUCGAUUUGAGGAAAAAUGAAGGCCAAGGGGAAAACAAAAACAAAAGAAAUUAAAAGAAAAGAACAUUUGGUUUCUUCUUCCAUGAAUCUUAAGUUUUUUUUUUUCAGUCAAGGAAAAUAUGCCAAUGUGGGGUUAAGUUGAGGGCAAGUUUGUAACUCAUAGAGUUUUUGUGGUAUGAAAUUAAUCACUCCACUACUUUCAGCUUUAUAUUUCUUUCUUCUCAGAUUCACAUUUUUGUAGGAGUUUUGUAAAUUGUAACUACAUAGAUUUCCAAAAGUUAGAGGUUCCAAUUCUAUGCACUAGGCGCUCUGGACUACCUUCUAGAGUAUGGGUAUAGAUUAUCGAACAGUUUUGGUUCAAAUUUAUGUAUUUGUGUUAAGUAGAGUUAGCUAUGUAUGAUUAAUCUAUGGUGUCAUUUCUCCCUGCAUUCCAUCUUGUAAUACACUCGCCCAAACUUUCCACCGCUUUAUAAGUAGAGCU